CGCAGCUGCCUGCCUCUGUCACAGGGAGACAGUCCACUUAAAUGCAGCUCCAAGGUUGCAGGGGCACCCACCAGCAUCAUUGCUCAUGCAAGGUGGCAAAUGCAACAUGUUCUCCAGCUUGGGUUGUCUACUUCUCUGUGGAAGUAUUGCACUAGUCCUGGGAAAUGCACAGAAAUUGCCAAAAGGUAAAAGACCAAGCCUAAAAGUCCACAUCAAUACCACCAGUGACUCUAUUUUCUUGAAGUUCCUGCGUCCAAAUCCAAAUGUAAAACUGGAAGGGUUUCUUCUUGGAUAUGGAAGCAAUGUAUCACCAAACCAGUAUUUUCCUCUUCCCACUGAAGGAAAAGUCACUGAGGCUGUAGUUGAUGCAGAACCUAAAUAUUUGAUUGUUGUGAGACCUGUUCCUCCCCCGAGUCAGAAGAAGUCAUGCUCAGGUAAAUCACGCACUCGCAAACCUCUCCAGCUGGUUGUUGGUACUCUGACUCCAAGCUCAGUGUUCUUGUCCUGGGGUUUCCUCAUUAACCCACACCAUGACUGGACAUUGCCAAGUCACUGUUCCAGUGACAGAUUUUAUACAAUUCGCUAUCGAGAAAAAGACAAGGAAAAGAAAUGGGUCUUUCAGCUCUGUCCAGCCACUGAAACAAUUGUGGAUAAUCUAAAGCCCAAUACAGUUUAUGAAUUUGGAGUGAAAGAUAAUGUAGAAGGUGGAAUAUGGAGUAAGAUUUUCAAUCACAAAACUAUUGUUGGAAGUAAAAAAAUAAAUGGAAAAAUCCAAAGUACAUCUGACCAAGUUCACACAGUGCCAGAUUAUGUUCCAAGAAAGAUAAUCCCAGUAACAAUUAUCAAGCAAGUGAUUCAGAAUGUUACUCACAGGGCUUCAAUUAAAUCCCCAGAUAGGACUCCUUUGGGAGGAACAAUCUUGGUCCACCUUAUUAUUCCAGGACUUAAUGAAACUACUAUAAAACUUCCUACGUCUAUGAUGUUUGAGAUUUCAGAUGCAAUCAAGACACAGUUAGCUAAGAAUGAAAGCUUGGCGUUGCCUGCAGAAUCCAAAACACCAGAAGUAGAAAAAAUCCCAGCAGAGUCCAUAACAGUGAUUCCUGAAUCUGUUCCAAGAACCGCUAAACCUACUCUGUCUAGUGUUGUAGACUUUUCGGAAACAUCACUGGUUCUCAGAGAAAGGACCCAAAAAACAUUACAAACUGUUCUAAUGCAAAGGUUUGAAUUUUUGCUGAGCACUCUAGAAAUGUAAAUGAAAUGUCUUCCAGAAUUUACUCAAACAAAAAUACCCUUUCCUUCAAACUUCAUUUCUUUUGCUGUAGCUUCAAGUGAAAAACCGUGGAUGGUGUCAACAGCUAAAACAUCUGAUGAAUCCAAAUUUCAGCAGCCUCAAACUGAAACUUAUGAUGUUUUCUCGACUUCCCUGACAUCAGAUAAGCCUGAAACAUCAAAGCCCCAAACAGCAACAAGUGAUCAUAUUCUGGAUUCUUUCCCACCUAAAACUUCUAGAACUGUUGAACAGCCAAGGGCAACACCGGCUCCAAGUGAAACACCAAUGUCUCCUCGAAAAGUGGAAAUCUUUACAAGUCCUGAAAUACAAACUACAACAUCUGCUCCCCUGCAAACUACACCUAUCCCUUCUACACCUAAACGAAAAUUCAGACCCAAACCUCCAAGAACAAAACCUGAAAGGACAACAAAACCUGCAAGAGUCACGCCUAAAAUUUCUAAAAGUCCUGAGCCUACACAGACAACACUGGCUACCAGUAAAACACAAUUUAUUUCUUUGAAACCUAAAAUACCUCUCAGCCCAGAAGUGACAUACACCAAACCUGCAUUUGUACCUGGAAUACUGGAAACCAAACCUAUAACAACAUUAGCUCCAGAAAAGACCAGACGACCAGGUCGCCGUCCCCGCCCUAAAACCACACCUAGUCCUGAAGCUCCCCACUCCAAACCUGCUCUGGAAAUUACUGAGGUACAUCCGGAGUUCCUGGUGCCUACAGUCGCACCAAAACCAUCCAAAAUGCCUGAAACCAUACAUAUUCCAGAUGCACCUCAAAUCCAACCUGGUAAUCAACCACCAAAGCAAUUCCUUCCCAAACCCCAAAUCACAGCAAAACCAGAUAUGCCACCAACUAAAUCCGUCUAUGAGCCUGUUACAUUUGAGGUGGACUCUUCCUCCAUGCCUAUAGUUCCUUCCACAGACAUUGAAACUUUAAUUCUGAGAACUGAGACUCCCUGGACAACAUUGGUUCCAAAAACUACCCAAAGAACAAGAACACGUCGUCCACGUCCUGGCUAUAAAACCACACCAAGCCCAGAGGUACCUCAAAGCAAACUAGUUCCAACAACUAUCACAACCACAAAGAAACCUCGACGUCAACGUCCUAAACCUAAAACCACUCCCCAAUCAGAAGUAUCUCAGACCAAACUGGUUCCUCCUACCAUCCUUGAACCAGUUAUUCUUAGAACCGAGGCUCCUCCGGCAACAACCCUAGUUCUUGUUACAGAACUGGAGAGUGUUACUUUUCCAACUGAGCCCCCUGGAACACUAGCAACUAAAACAUCUUCAAGAACCCGCCGUCCUCGUCCAAGAACUAGAACCACACCAAGCCCUCAAGUUCCUCAGAGCCAACCGGCUUCUAAAACAUCACAACAGACAUAUCAUCCAUAUCCCAGACCAAAACCUACACCAAGACCUGAAGUAGCUGAGACUAAGCCAGUUCCUACUGCAGUCUUUGAACCAGAUAUGCUCAGAACUGAGACAUGGGUGACAACACAAGCUCCUAAAACAUCACAGAGGACCCGUCGUCCACGUCCCAAACCUAAAGUCACAACUGCUGAAACACCUCAAACCAAACCGGUUCUUAUUACAGAUUUUGAAGCUGGUUCUCUUAGAACUGAAGCUCCAGAAACUAUGGCUCCUAAAACAUCAAAACCAACACGUCGUCCACGUCCACGUCCCCGGCCCCGUCCACAUCCUAGACCUAAAACCACAGCAAGCCCUGAAGCAUCUAAGAUCACACAGGCUACGGAAGUCCUGGAGUUGGUUACACUUAGCACUGAAUCAUCAAAAGAAGUUAUAGCAACAACUGAAACAGAUUAUGUAUAUCCCACUGCCAAAGCACCAUUCAGACCACAGGAGCCAAAGACUGAAGUUCCUAAGCAGACACCUCGUACUCCUUUCAAACCAAAAACAUCUCCAUGGCCGAGAAUCCCACAAACACAGACAGUGCCAAGAGAUGUGUUCCUUCCCUAUCAACCAGAGCCUGAUGUCUCUCAGAGUAUUCCUGUUAUGCAACCUGUCACCUUUACAAUUGAACCACCAAAGACAACAAUAGCUCCUUUAGAAACACGAGGCAGUCAUUUCAUACCAAUAAUUUCACCAAUUCCUAGUCAAGAGGAACGACAAACUGUUCUGGAAGAAACAGACCAAUCCAUGCAAGAACUCUUCACAACUAAGAUUCCACGAACAACUGAAUUGGCAAAGACAACUCAGGCACCACACAGAUUGUAUACUACUCCUGUGAGACCCAGAAUACCUGACAAACCACACACCAAACCUGCUUUGAAUAGAACAAGACCAAGUAGACCCAGACCCAGCGGGAUUCCCAAGUGGAAUGGAAUGGAUACAGGAGUCAAGCAACCAGCAAAGCCAUGGGGUGCAGAAAGAAAUGAGUCAGUGGAUUCUAUCUACUCCACAAAAAAAACAGUCACAAGCCCAGGUACCCAUCACCCGCCUUUACCACCUAGACCUGUACCCCCACAAAGAAGACCUUUGCCACCAAAUAAUGUCAACGGAAAGCCAGGAAGUGCAGGAAUUUCAUCAGCACGAGUAACUUCCCCACCCAUAAGAGCAACAUCCAGACCCACUGAGGUCCCUGUGGAGAGAACAGAAAAAGAUAAAAGGGAGCCUACAGCUCCUGCAUCAGGAGAUCUUGGUAAUGUAACGAAGUUUAGCUCAAGCCCCACAAGAGAAACAGAUCCUCUUGGGAAACCCAUAUUCACAGCUCCUCAUGUGAAGUACAUUCAAAAAGAAGAAAACAAGCCCUGCUCCAUCACUGACUCCGUGAGCUGGUUUCCCCAGGAGAAGGCCACAGAACAGAAUAUUACUAGCCCACCACAGAACCCACCUACCAAUCUCACUGUUGUCACUGUAGAGGGAUGCUCCUCUUUUGUCAUCUUGGAUUGGGAGAAGCCAACAAAUGACACUGUUACUGAAUACAAAAUUAUAUCUACAGAAAAUGGAUCUUUCGUUGGAAAGAACCAGUCCAUUCAAAUUACAAAUCAAACCUUCUCUGCAGUAGAAAAUCUAAAACCAGACACAAGCUACGAAUUCCAGGUGAAACCCAUAAACCCACUUGGUGAAGGCCCCGUCAGCAACACGGUGACAUUCAGUACAGAAUCAGCUGACCCAAGAGUGAGUGAGCCGGUUUCUGCAGGAAGAGAUGCCAUCUGGACUGAAAGACGCUUUAAUUCUGACUCUUACUCAGAAUGCAAAGGAAAACAGUAUGUCAAAAGGACAUGGUAUAAGAAGUUUGUGGGGGUGCAGCUAUGCAACUCUCUCAGAUACAAGAUUUAUCUGAGUGACUCCCUCACAGGAAAAUUUUAUAAUAUAGGCGACCAGAGAGGCUAUGGAGAAGAUCAUUGUCAGUUUGUGGACUCAUUUUUAGAUGGACGCACAGGACAGCAACUCACUGCUGACCAGUUACCCACCAAAGAAGGUUAUUUCAGAGCAGUUCGCCAGGAACCUGUUCAAUUUGGAGAAAUCGGUGGCCAUACACAAAUCAAUUACGUCCAGUGGUAUGAAUGUGGGACUACAAUUCCUGGAAAAUGGUAGAGACUGCAAUUGUGUUAAACAAGUGCUCCUUGUUUCAUUAGGCCAAAAAAACCCAAAAUCAUUGGUAACACUAUGGUAUAUGUCACAUUCAUUUAAAACUGUUAUGUUUACUAUGUAUAAAAGUUUUAAAUAGCAAUAUUAAAUGUUAAUUAAAAGGUUGCUAAG